GCGCCCCCUGCCCCCCGGUAGCUGAGUCGGGGUCUCCGGCCGCGCUGCUGGUGCUGCUGCUGCUGCCCGGCGGCGCCCCCCGCUCGCCCUGCCCGCGCCGCCAAUGCUCAACAUGAGCGAGGAGCACGGCAAAGCCAUGGAGGCGCCGGGCAGUCCGGCCGGCACCGCCAGCUCCCUGUCGCACGUGGACUCGGACUCGGACGCGCCUUCCUCCCCAGCCGGCUCGGAGGGGCCCUCGCCGGCUUCGGCGCCGCGCUCUUCCUCCUCCUCUUCCAAGGGCGAGCCGGGCGACGUGGACGAGCGCUUCCCCGCCUGCAUCCGGGACGCCGUCUCGCAGGUGCUGAAGGGCUACGACUGGAGCCUGGUGCCCAUGCCGGUGCGCGGCAACGGGGCGCUGAAAGCCAAGCCGCACGUCAAGCGGCCCAUGAACGCCUUCAUGGUUUGGGCGCAAGCGGCGCGCAGGAAGCUGGCCGACCAGUACCCGCAUCUGCACAACGCCGAGCUCAGCAAGACGCUGGGCAAGCUCUGGCGCUUGCUGAGUGAAAAUGAGAAGCGUCCCUUUGUGGAGGAGGCUGAACGGUUGAGGGUUCAACAUAAAAAGGAUCACCCAGACUACAAAUACCAGCCACGUCGGAGGAAAAGUGUCAAAGCCGGCCAGAGUGAUUCAGACUCGGGAGCUGAGCUGAACCAUCACGGAGGAUCCCAGAUCUACAAAUCAGACUCAGGACUGGGCUCGAUGAGUGAAGUGCAUCACCCUAGUGACCACACAGGGCAGCCCCAUGGACCUCCUACCCCACCUACCACCCCUAAGACAGACCUUCACCCCGGGAGCAAGCAAGAACUAAAACACGAGGGCCGGCGCCUCAUGGAAAGCGGUCGACAGAACAUUGAUUUCAGCAACGUGGACAUCUCUGAGCUGAGCAGUGAGGUCAUCAACAACAUGGAGGCUUUCGACAUCCACGAGUUUGACCAGUACUUGCCACUCAACGGCCACUCUGCCAUCCCAGCCAGCCACGGGCAGAACUCCACCGCGGGAUCUUAUGGGACUUCUUACCCUCACUCGGCCAACAGCAGCACUGCUGGGUCCUCCCAGAUAUGGACUCACAAGAGUCCGGCAUCUGCCUCCCCUUCGUCCAGUGAAAGCAGCCAUCAGAGGCCUCACAUCAAGACUGAACAGCUCAGCCCGAGCCAUUACAGUGACCAGCCUCACAACUCUCCAACCCACUCGGACUACGGAUCCUAUACUGCACAAGCGUGUGCCACCACCGUCUCCCCGAGCUCAGCCACGGGAUCUUUUUCCAGCUCCCCGUGCGACUACACAGAUCUUCAGAGCUCCAACUACUACAACCCCUACUCAGGCUACCCUUCCAGCAUUUACCAGUAUCCGUAUUUCCAUUCCUCUCGCCGGCCGUAUGCCACCCCCAUCCUCAACAGCCUGUCCAUCCCUCCUUCUCACAGCCCUACGGCGAACUGGGACCAGCCCGUCUACACAACCCUGACAAGGCCUUGAGCAGAUGGAAGGAGCUGCUUCUUGAGGUCUUCCCCACCAGCCUUCAACAGUAUGCACUACACAGAAACAAAGACGGAGCGAAGAAGUGAUGAUAGUUAAUAACAAAGAACCCUAAUGGAGCAUCAUUGCAUAGUUGGAAGUGCCUCCCCUUUUGCCGGUAUGCCUGGGCCUUCUGUCCAGAAUCUCUUAGAUUUUCCAAGGCAAAGCUCUAUUUUGUUUAUUCUGACUCGUAAAUCAUAUUAAAUAACAUCCGUACCAAUGAAUGCUCUUGAAUAGAUGAAGGACGAUCCAUUCUAACUCCUCUGUGAGAACUUUGCAAUGAGUUUGAUUUCAAAUCCAAGACUCUGUAAAAGUCGAGGUGAAGAUGGUGCUUAAGGUUUUGUGGCAAACCAGGGACAGAUCAGCCUUGCACAAAAACCCACAUAGGAUUUUUUUUUUAAAAAAAAAUCUUAAGUGUUCAAUUAACAAUACUGAGGGACCAUUCAAGAAUCUUUUGGGACCAACCAACCAACCAACUAAUGUCAGCAUUUCUUAAUUUUAGUUUAAAGUUCUGAGCAAAGUUUUGCUGUAAUUAACAUUUUGGUUUGGAAGCUUAAAAAGUGCAUUGAUAUAUAUAUUUUUGUCAUUGUUUGAGAGUAAAUCUGUUAAAUAUGUAUUUAUGUUCUGUGUAAUUUUUGUCCUUUUAAUUAAUGAAGUAAUUCUGUGCAAGAGGUAGAUUUAAAUAAAGACUUUAUAGCGCAUAAAGUAGUGGAGGAGUUUCCCCAUCUCCCCAAUUACACUACUCAUUAAAAAAAAAGGGGGGGAGCAGCAUUUAAAGGUCCAUCAGAAAGGAAAAUUAGAAAUGCUUAAAAAAAAACAACCAAUGAUAAUAUAGGAACCUAAGAGGUGGAGAAAAAACAGAGUUCACGCUGUGUUUCAACAAAUGUUGUGCUAAGUUGCUCCUGGCUAACAUUCACUUUCAGAUGCUGUGAAGGUGAUGGCCACUCCAUAUUGUUUAUCUCCAACACCUGGAACUUAAAAGGUAGACUGCCACUGGAAUCACAGAACACUCAUCUACAGUAGCUCUUCCAGUUGAUAUCCGGAGCUUGGUUGCAUGGCUUCUAAACAAUCAUUUACGGCUUGGUAAAUUGGGAGAAACAUGGUUGGUUUUGUAUAGCCUGGUUAGAAGAAAGAUCGCUUGGGGAAUUCUGGGAGUUGAAGUCCACAUGUUUUAAAGUAUCUGAGGUUGAGAAACAUUGCCUUAGA